UGUUAAGAAUUUGAAUAUAUAAAUUUAAAUUGAGCGUAAUUUUAAGUUGACUCUUAUAUUAUUACAAGUUCUCUUAUUUCCUAUCACAUUUCCCUCCUCUUCAAAUAAUUAUGGUCUCUUAAAGUAAGAGUGGAAGAGAGAGAGAGAGUUACCGUUUUUUUUUCACACAGUCUUUGUCAAGAUUUUGGAAGAACGUGAUGCAACAAGAAAAUUUAAAUAAAAGUGAAAUUUAAAAAAGUCAGAUUGUGUUUUCCUGCAAGGAUUUGAUCGAGGAAGUGAAGCUGAGCCCAAGGAGCUUUCUGCAUGAGAAAAGUUUGAUCCUUUUCGCCUGGAUCAGUAAGAACUUGUCUCAUUUCAGGUGAGAGAUCUUGGAAGGUGGCCAGAGGGCAUCCAUAGAACAAGUAACCAGCGAGAUUAAUCUAUUUUUUAGGUGAGAGAAUACCUCCGGGAAACUCCAAUCGUUUAGAAGGGGAGUUAAAUUGGUGAAUUACGUCUGUUUUUUAGGUGAGAGAUCUUGGAAGGUGGCCAGAGGGCAUCCAUAGAACAAGUAACCAGCGAGAUUAAUCUAUUUUUUAGGUAAAUUCCCUAACACUUGGUCCUGCCGCGCCUACGGAGAUCUAGUUUGAGUCUUCAGGAUGCCCGACAAAGAGCUCAGCCGUCGUGCCUACAAAGGGCAGCUGACUAGCUUGAAAAAGAUCCUCGAGAAAUAUCAGAAUGAGCCAGCCCUCCUGGAAAAGGAAAACGCGGAGGCUCAGCUUGUUGCUCAUCGGGAUAUGAUUGGGAGAAUUGAGAAAAAAUUCCAAGCAGUCCAGAUGGAGAUUAUUACAGCUGCAAAAGCUCCCGAAGAGAGAGAAAAGGAGAAUGAGGAGAUGCUGACCUUUCUGGACGAUUGCAUGAACACCGAGAUGGCUUUUUGUGAAUUAUUGGCUUCAAUUCCAGCCUCAAAAGGCGCUGCAUCUGAAGAAACAAUUGGACUCGCAACCCUCGAAAACCCUGAUGACAAAUCAGGAGGUGGAGCCCUGGGAAAGCUGAUUCAUUUGAUGUCUCAGCAAUUAAAAGAGCAGCGACAACAAAGGUUAAGUGAAGAAUCAAAAUUCAAGGAUCUCAUGGAUGUGCAACGUGAAGAAAUCUCUAAAAUACUCAAUGCAUCUCGAAUUGAUCUCAAUGAGUCUCUUAACCCUCUCAAUGAAUCCGAUUUGCUUUUCACACCCACCACAAAACUUGAGCCAAUCAAACUUCCUACAUUCGGGGGUUCAUAUUGUGAGUGGCCCACUUUUAAAAACCUUUUCAUCUCAAGUGUUGACAAAAAUCCAAAUCUGACCAAGGCCAUUAAAAUGCAAUAUCUGAGGACGAAUACAACGGGACAGGCAUUUGCAUUAUUUGAAAGUCUUCCCAUUUCAGCCGAAAAUUAUGAUAUUGCAUGGGGUCGUUUGACAAAGAGAUAUGAUAACAAGAUGUUAAUUGUGAAGUCACAUAUGGAGAGAUUUUUAGAUCAACAGACGAUCACCAAACCGAGUGCUGCAGCAUUGAGGAAGCUCCAAUCAUCCACCACUCAAUCAUUGGAAGCGAUAGAUGCAUUGCAAGUCACGGGUAGGGAUCCCUGGCUCAUCCAUUGGACGCUAAACCAUCUUGAUCAUCAAACAAGGACACUGUGGAGCGAGAAGAAACCCGACACUGUACCAACAUGGAAGGAUUUUGAUGAGUUCCUGGAUAACAGAUGUCGGAAACUGGAGGAAUGUCCCCCACCGCAAAACACAAGUAAGUCCAAGCAAGUCUCUUCACACGUCACCGAAAAAGCUGAAAAGCAAAAGCGCGAGAAUUGCAAACAUUGUAAUCUUAGCCCUCAUAAAUUAUACAAAUGUAGAAAAUUUUUGGGUCUUCAACCAAAGAAAAGAUUAGAAAUUAUUAAGAAUUUAAAGCUCUGCCAAAACUGUUUAAUCGAUUCACAUGAUAUCAAUAAUUGUACUUAUCAAUCAUGCAAGUUUUGUAAUGAAAAGCAUAAUCACUUGAUUCAUGAUGCUUAUGCAAAUCCCACAAGUCCACCUACAGUGCCACCUCAAGACAUCCCUUCCAAUGGUGGAACUGCUUUAAAUUGCUCGGGUAGAUCUCGAGGGGUACGGUCUAAUGUGUUAUUUGCAACUGCCAGAGUUAAACUUUUGGGUAAUAACAACACUCAGGAAUAUUGUCGAGCCAUUUUGGACCCUGCAUCUCAGGUCAAUAUAAUUUCCUCAUUCAUGUCUCGAAAAUUGCAACUCACUCCUUCCCAUACAAAUUUCAUUGUUGAUGGUGUUGGUUCGAUUUCGCAAUCCACUCAGCAAGAAACACAGGUUCAUUUGCAAGUGAAAACAAGCUCAGGUCUUCAGAUGCAUUCACUGGACUGCCUUGUGAUGAUGAAGGUUGUUGGGGAGCAACCUAAUUGGGAAAUUGAUGUAGGCAAAAUCCAGAUUCCCUCACAUUUCGAACUGGCGGAUCCUACAUGGUUUAGGCGUCAAAAGAUUGAUUUGUUGAUUGGGGGGAGCCAUGCAUGGCAAUUUCUGGGAGUUGACAGACAUAUCCUUGGGGAGGGGCUCCCAAUGUUACAACACAGCAUCUUCGGAUGGCUGGUUGUUGGCCCUUGUUAUUCCACUGAGGAUACAGUCGUGGCUUCAUGUAACCUCACAACCUUGGCCAGCAUAGACCGCACUAUUAAGAAGUUCUGGGAAGUGGAAGAAGUGCCCAAGGAAUUUGCUAUCCAGUCCGAACAUGAAGAAGUAGAGACCCUUUUCAGCUCCACAACUUCUCAGGGUGUUGAUGGGAGAUAUAUGGUCAUGCUUCCGUUGAAGGACCAGGUGAAAGAAUUGGACAACAAUAGAGGUCUUGCCGUUCGUCAACUUAAUUACCUAGACAGGAAAUUGGGAAAAAAUCCAUCGUUAAGGACGGAAUAUGAUGCCAUUUUCAGAGAGUAUUUGGAACUCAACAUAAUUGAGAAGGUUCCCAUUUCGGAAAUGAAGAAUCCAUCAUAUUAUUUUCCCCACCAUUGUGUAAUCAAGAAAGACUCGGCCACAACCAAAAUAAGAAUCGUGUUUAACGCCAGUUCACGUUCAAAAACCGGUAUGAGCCUCAACGACUGCAUCAUGACUUGCCCUGUUGUCCAGCCAACUUUGGUUUCCAUCCUAUGGCGAUUCCGUCUGCAUGAAGUUGCUUUGACUUGUGACAUUGUGAAAAUGUACCUCCAAGUCCUCAUGCACCCAUCCCAUAGAGACUUCCACAGAUUUGUCUGGUUUGAAAGUGGUCAAGUCAUAGAUUAUCGAUUUAGAACGGUCUGUUUUGGGGUAUCGGCUUCCCCGUACCUAGCAACAAGAGUAUUGAAUCAGAUAGCUGAUGACAAUGUUGGUGAAUUCCCGCAGGCUGCAUCAAUGUUGAAGUGGAAUUUCUACGUUGACGACUGCCUCUUCUCUGCCCCAACUGUGGAUGAAGUUAUCUCAGCAAAAAAGCAAUUAGAGGAUCUUCUCAGUGGAGCAGGAAUGCAGCUCUCAAAAUUCAGGACCAACAACAUUGAUGUUCUUCAAGCCAAUAAGAAUUCCACACCAGAAACUGAAGCUCUUGUGUUGGAUGAUGAAGCCAAAACUUUGGGAAUUUUGUGGAAUCCCAGGACUGAUGCUUUUCACUUCAGAGUAACCAGUCCACUCUGCAGAGAAAACCCCACAAAGAGGUACAUUCUAUCAACCAUUGCACGAAUUUUCGAUCCAUGUGGACUCAUAGGGCCUAUAGUGACUACGGCAAAAAUCAUCCUACAGGAUACUUGGGCAACAUUGGUUGGAUGGGACGAUCCAAUUUCAAAGGAAUUAGUUGUUCGAUGGCAAGCCUUCGUUGAUGAUUUGGCGGAUGUUGAACUGAUACAAAUACCAAGAUGGGCAUCUACAAUUCGCAACACAAGUCACCGUGAGUUACAUGCAUUUUGCGAUGCUUCCAAGUCUGCUUAUGGUUGUUCAAUCUAUUUAGUGUGCGAGGAUGAUAUAUGCUGCCGAUCUUCAUUUUUGAUAGUUUCAAAAUCCCGAUUGAUGCCAAUCACUACGAAGGAAGAAAACCCAGUAACUCUGACCAUCCCAAAGGCAGAAUUAAGUGGAGCUGAACUGGCCACUCAAUUGAUGUCAUCAGUUUCCCAGGCUUUGUCGAUCGAGCACUGCUUCUACUGGACGGAUGCAACAGUUGUAUUAUGCCAAAUCUACUCACCCAAUCGUACGAAAGAUUUGUUUGUAAGAAGACGAGUGUCAAAAAUCUUGAGUCUGUCAAACGCGAUUCAGUGGAGACAUGUGUCUACCCUCCAAAACCCAGCGGAUGUUCUGUCUCGAGGUACAAAAAUAAAGGCUCUAAGUACAAACAAUCUAUGGUGGUAUGGGCCCGAUUGGUUGGUUCAGCAAAAAGACAACUGGCCUUCAGAAUUUAAUCCAUCUACAGCAAGUGGAGGACGAUGUGAAACUUUAAAAGCCCUCGCUUGCACAACAGACGCGGAGCAGGACAGAACAAUUCAUGGUAUGCUCAUGCACUAUCACAGUUCAUUCUUGAGAAUUAUCCGGGUGUUGUGCUGGAUUAACAGAGCUGCGACAAUUUUCAAGACCUUAAUCACCCGAAGGACUCGUAGUACCGCAAUUUCCUUUUCUGAGUCUUUGCAAGUUGAGGAAUUGCAGCGAGCUGAAACUCUUAUGUUGAGGUGGGAACAGGAGAAAAAUUUGUCGCAAAUCAUUACAGCUGUAAGAGCCAAUCGUUAUAACAGUCUGCCAAAUCCCAUGCGAAAGCUUAAUCCCUUUUUGGAUUCAGGAGGCUUUUUGCGAGUCGGAGGUCGUUUACACCACUCAUCAGAGAACUUCGAUUUACGCCAUCCGAUCAUAAUCCCAAAAGGAAAACUUGCAGAACUACUCGGUUCACGUGAGCAUCACAGACUUCUUCAUGCUGGACCCCAACUUACCUUAGCCUCAUUGAGAAGAAAAUACUGGCUUUUGAAUGGCAGAAACACCGUCAAGAAGAUUAUUCACCUGUGUAUCACCUGUAUUCGGGCAAAACCGCCAAAAUCAGAUCAAUUGAUGGGUGAUCUCCCCUCUUCUAGAGUCACAUCAACACGCCCUUUCCUUCACACUGGAAUCGACCUAACUGGUCACAUCAUGAUUAAGAGACUUCCCAGGGGAGCAGCGCAAGAAAAAGCCUAUGUGGCAAUCUUCGUGUGUAUGACAAUAAAAGCAGUACAUCUCGAACUUUUAACAUCGUUGUCCACUAACGCUUUCAUAGCAGCAUUCAAGAGAUUUGUUUCACGAAGAGGUCUCCCUGCGCAUGUGUACACUGAUAAUGGGACCAACUUCGUCGGAAGUGCGAAGGAAUUGAAAAGGCUGUUGAAGGAGCACCAAACCCGAAAGGAGUUGUCUGAUUUUUCAUCAGGCCUUCAUGUACAGUGGCAUUUUAAUCCACCUGGAGCGCCACAUCAGGGAGGUCUAUGGGAGGCGGCUGUGCGGUCGUUCAAGCACCACUUCUCACGAAUUGUGGGUACUGUAUCUCUAACAUAUGAAGAGUUGAAUACAGUGGUAAUUCAGAUCGAAGCUGUGCUCAACAGCCGACCUUUAGUCGCAAUCACUGAUGACCCAAGAGAUCCCACCAGCUUAACUCCAGGAGACUUUCUCACUUGGGGAGCUCUUACGCAGAUGCCUGUUGCUCAAGGUGACAUUGAAAGGACGGAUCGAGUUCAGCGCUGGGAGUUAUGCACUAAGUUGCAGUAUGAUUUUUUCAAACGUUGGAAACGAGACUACCUGCACACUUUGCAACAAAGACAUCGUUGGAAUAAAGAGUCUCCAAAUCUUGUUCCUGGAGAUGUUGUGCUUUUGAAGAGUGAUGUCGCGCCCAGUUUGGAAUGGCCUAUUGGUUUGGUAGAAAAGGUUUUCCCUGGUACAGAUCAAAGGGUUAGGGUGGCACAGGUGAAGAUAAAUGGCAGGUCUUUCUUAAGACCCGUUACCAAGUUGGUAAAAUUGCCAGUACGGGACAAUGAAUGCUCAUGAUCAGUGAUUUAGUCUCAAUUCAAGUAAAAAAAAAAAAAAGUCAAAAAAAAAACAAAAUAUUUAAACCUGUAUUCUUCGUAAAAUCAUUAAUUUAGUUUUGAAUUAAACGUCAUCUUAAAAUUAGGGGAGAAAUGUUAAGAAUUUGAAUAUAUAAAUUUAAAUUGAGCGUAAUUUUAAGUUGACUCUUAUAUUAUUACAAGUUCUCUUAUUUCCUAUCACAUUUCCCUCCUCUUCAAAUAAUUAUGGUCUCUUAAAGUAAGAGUGGAAGAGAGAGAGAGAGUUACCGUUUUUUUUUCACACAGUCUUUGUCAAGAUUUUGGAAGAACGUGAUGCAACAAGAAAAUUUAAAUAAAAGUGAAAUUUAAAAAAGUCA